UAAAGGUGGAAGGCACUAUCCCCGUCUUGCAAUAUAUGGGAGAAUAGAAAAACCCCAAAGUACUCUUCUAAUCGUGGCCAAAGGCAGUAAUUUUCUACGUGCUUACUGCGCGUUAGUGUAUGCGUGUGCCUGACCGUGUGUGUGCGAGUGUAUGUGCGGGAGGAAAAAAACAACUCUGCUUAACCGUUUCUUGUUGUUGUAGUAACAUUGUUGUUUUUAUUGUUGUUGGUUUUUAGGCAACGGAAGAGGAAAAAUUAAUGUAAAAAAGAGACCAAAUAAGAUAUCGGAAGUAUAUAGGAAAUACCGUGGAACCGCAAUCUGAUUAAAUAUAUCCAUAUACACACAUACACACCUAAACAAACCAGCGGACAUACACACACACCCAUAGACACGAAAACACACAGAUGGAAGUACAUAUACAAAGGGCGCAACGUUAAAAUUAUACAGAAAGGCUCUCGCUUUGCCUUAAAAUGGACAAUACUGCUGGUCAGUAUGUGCGGAAGAAACUGGCCUGAUGGGACAUGGACAUAGAAUAGAUAGCAAACCCUCUGUGAAGAUUUGGCUGUAAAUAGUUUCGAGCAGUGAGAGAGAGACCGAGAGACAGAUAAGCAAUGAAAACCAUUACGCCGGACACGACGACAGCGUCGCAGCAUCAGCAAAAGCAACAACUUCUCAUUCCACAAGCAGAACUGCAGAUGCAACAUCAGCAAACGAUUAUUGUGCCGCCAUUAAUAAUGGAAGCCACGGCGCAUGUGAAUCUCGUGGACGAUGAUGAAAAGGAUCCGCUGGCGCUGGAGCAUACGGAGGUGGUGUCCCCAACGACCAAGCACUCGCAUAGUCUCAGACGUCACCUGCCGCGCAUAAUCGUGAAACCCAUAACACUUGAGAAAAAGUCCAUGGCGCCAAGCGAAGAUCCUCUGCCAGCGGCAAUGCCAGGACUGACAUCGCUGGUCCCACAUACUGCCUCCAAUUCAGCUCCCCCCGCACGCAUGUUCAGCAGUCGGCGCAUCCAGCAGCAACAGCAGGCGAAGGCAGCUGCAGCCGCGGCGGCGGCCGCCGAAGCAGCAGCAGCAGCCGAAGCAGCAGCCCAGGCUGCAAAUGCAGCCACCACGUCGCCGGGCAGCAAAGGUGCCUCCUCCUCGCAGGCCUCAACGAUGCGCGAGGUGCUGGCCUCCAUACCCGGGUUCAGCGUGAAGCCGCGACGUCGCAGCAACAAGAAGCUGACAACAGCAGCGCAAAUUGAGCAAACGAAGGACGGAAAAAUCGAUCUGGAGACACCGGACUCCAUAUUGGCAUCCACCAAUCUGAGGGCGUUGCUGAACAAGCAGACGUUCUCGCUGCUGCCCCCGCUAUAUCAAUACAAUCUCAUUCAGCUGUUGCCCAGUGUCGAUCGUGAGGCCAGCGUUGUGGAGCCACAGUUCUUGCCGCCGCAUGGGCUAGAUCAGCCAAGCAGUAGUGGUGCCUGCGGCAGUGGCAGUGGCAGUGGGAGCUCCACCUCUGAGGCCAUUCGACUAACUGCGUCAUGCCUGAACAAUGAAUUCUUUGCCCGCGCCUGUCUGGAGUGGCGCGAGCGAUUGAGCGAAGGAGAAUUCACGCCCGAGAACCAGUUGAAGCUUAAGACGGAGGCGGAGCGCGAGAAGAACAAGCUUGAUCCGUGGAAAUUGAAGCACUUUGAGCCCUAUUGGGGGGAGAAGAAUGCGAGGAAUGCAUCGGGUAUGCCCACCACAGUUGGCAAGCUGAAGCUAGAGAUCGAAAAGGAGAAGCAUCGGACGACAACCAUUAAGAGUGAGCCCAAACCACCAGCGACAACGCAACAGCAACAGCAAAAGCAACAAGCAACAUGUGAUAAUGAGACUGAACUGAAAUUUGAUUUGAGCACAAAGUGCGAAACGACAACAGCAGCCGCAGCCGCAGCAGCAGCAGCAAACACUAGCGUACCAGCAGCAGCAGCUGCAGGAAGAACAACAACUGCUCCGCCUGAGACUAGUUGCAGUCAGAAUAGCUUAGUAGGGACAGAGCAACAGCGUCGCAUCCUCAAACGUCCGUCGAGCAGCCCAUCGCGUCGCAAGCCGACACCAACAAUAAUACUAGACGAUGACGAUGAUGAUCCCAAUGAGGUGCUGCCGAGCACAUCCAAGGAGAGCAAACUGAUGAAAAUCGAAGCUCCGUUUGUUCCUUAUUCGUCGUCAGGGAAUGCUGUCGUUGCCACUGCACCGUCGUCGCCCCUGCCCACCCUCAAUAAGGAUGUGGUGGAUCAUGCCACAACGAAGAUAACUGCAACAAGAAUCAAUGAGGAGCGACAACAACAACAGCAGCAGCCAAUUAUCAACAGUACCUGUGAUAAAAUCGAGCCAUCCGAGUGCAAUGAAGAGUUCAUUUCCAUUGAUCAUCAGGACAUGGUGGAGCUUGAAGCCGCGAACGCCGCUGCACUGGCAGUAGCCACGGCGGCUGUCACACCGCCAGACAAUCCCGAGGCGGAGGUCAAUGACUUUGAAAGCUAUUUGGAGAGCGUGGAGCUAGUUACCAAAGGGCCAUUGGAUGCGUCUAAUGAGGUAGAUCACACAACGGCAGCAGCAGCGGAAGUGGCAGCAGCAGCAUCAGGAGCCAGCCAUGAUUUCGUGUUUGCAGAUACCAUCGAUCAUGUGGCGCAUUCGGCACUCAAACUGGAGGAGGAGCAGCACUGCAUUAAGCUGGAUGACUCGCCCAUGUGUUCAGUGGCCAUACCCAGCUCGAUUUGCAGCUCGACUCCACCCAGCUCGAUCACGUCCACUAGCUUUACAUCCUCCUCAUCCGCUUCACUGUCAUCAUCGUGCUCGAGCAGCAAUUCCAGCUCCAUGCCGGCCACUGUAACGGCGGCCACCACCAACGCGUCAGCAACGUCGACAACAUCAGUAGCAGCCGUAGGAGUAUCAUCAACAGCCCCAUUGUCGCUGUCCUCAGCGGCAGGGUCAACUCUGGCCGAUGUCCAGGCUAUGCUCUCCUCGGUGGUCACGUUGCAACAGCAGCAGCAACACCAGCAGCCAUCUGUGGAGUUGAACUCGAGCGAAAUGUAUCAGCACGUCCAGCACGAUUGGAACUUUGGUGACAUUAAGCUGAUGGCAGCAACUCCCCAAAGAAGCUCCCAAGCAGCGAGGGAGCAGCAACUGAAUCAUGAGGCUAUCAAUCUGAUGGAGGUCGUCAAGGAAGAAGUCAUCGAUGAUGAUGCGUGUCAGGAGUUCCUCAACGAGAGCGAUGAGUUGGAGGAGGAGGACGACGAUCUCGUUGAGUGUAUCGACGAUGAUCAGCAGGAACAGCAGAUGCUGGAAGCUAUGAACGACGAGGACAGUGAUGCAGUGCAGCAAAUAGUGGACAAAUUGCAGCAGCAUCAAGAGGAACAGCAGCAGCAACAAGAGCAGCAGCAGCAGCAACGGCAGCGACAGCAUGUGCAUAUCCAGGAUGUAGUGCAUUUGCCACAGCAUUCGUUUUUGCCACAGGCCCACACCGAGUACGGGAACGAGAUUACGCAGGAGAUUCUGGGCGAAGCCGUGCCCAUGUCAGCUGCCGAAAUGGAGGUAUCCAGCACCGUGAUCACCAACAGCAGCAACAGCAACGACAGCAGCAACAAUCUGAGCCUCAAUCAGCCGAUGCAGCCACAGCAGAAUGCUCCAGCGGUUGCGCCACAGCAACGCCAGAUUCUGGUUGAUUCCAAUGGUCAGAUUAUUGGCAACUUUCUGUUGCAACAGCAGCAGCAACGUCAACACCAGCAGCAACAUCAACAGCAGCAGCAGCUGCUUCAGCAAUUCACACUGCAAGCAGCGGCCGCACAGCAACAACAGCAGCAACAGCAGGCGACGAGUAGCAAUGCUUUGGCCAAAACUCUGCCUGUAACGCUACGCAAUGGAACCCAACAGUUUUUGUCGCCCAACUUGAUCGCCCAGCAACAGCAGCAGCAACUUGAGCAACAGCAGCAGCAGGCAGUGCAACAGAAACAGCAGCUACAGCAAUUUGCCCUGCAACAGGCACAGCUCCAUCAGCGGCAGCUGAUGGCUCAAGCCGCUAACAACAAUCUGCUCCAACAGCAGCAGCAACAGCAACACCAGCAGCAGCAGCAGCAGCAGACUGUUGUCCCCGCAGCAGCGCAGCCCAAAUUUAUAUCCAAGCCAUUGAAUAUUAUUUCCAUGACGCGGCCCGCCGCCAGUGCGUUACCCAUUACGGCAGCAACAACAGCAAACACCACAACAAUUCCGUCCGCCUAUGCUAAUGUUGUUGCCGUAACAGCCGCGCCACAGCCCCAGCCCCAGCCGCCACCGCCCUCAGUAGCAACAUCAGUAGCAGUGCCUCAACAGCAGUCGCAGGCCCUUCAGCAUCCCCAGCAGCAGCUGUCCAAUCACAAUAGCAAUAUGCAGCAGUUGCCGACAUUGCCAAGCGUUCUAACGAUGAAAACGCUGCCUCCCUCGGGGGUGCCGACGACCAUUGCCCAGCAGCGAUUGCAACCGAAGAUGCCGACGGGCAAGGGACGCAAGGCCACCAGCAAUAGGCUGCCCCCAGGGGCUGUUAAUCUCGAGCGAAGCUAUCAAAUCUGCCAGGCCGUCAUCCAGAAUAGCCCAAAUCGCGAGAAUCUUAAAGCACAGCUGCGUCCCCCCGCGGCCAUACUCAACCAGCAUCAGCAGCCAACGGUAGUGACCACAACGGCAACACCUGUGAGCAGCCCGCUGAAUGUGUCAACUGUGGCUGCCACACCCUUGUCGAACAUGACGGCGGUUUCCGCGAAUGUGGUCGCCGCACCGGCGGCGGCAGCUCCCAUUCAGAAUAUGCUAAAGCCGGAGGAGCUGCUGGUUGGAGGAGCAGCUGCCACUGGAGCCCUGCCCGCCGGCCUGCCGCCCAAUUUGAUGGGCGUUGGACGUCCUGGAGUGUACAAGGUCAUUGGUCCUCGCAUGAGCGGCUUUCCGCGUAAGAAAUAUGUCCAGAGGAAGCCAUCACCCAACGCACUGAUACGUCAUGUGUUUAGUCCGGGACCUGGAGCGGCCAAUGCCACGCCCCAGCAGCUUCAGAUACUCCAGCAGCAACAGCAACAGCAGGCGACGACAUUGCCAGUGGCACAGACCCAGCCACAGCCACCGGCGGCACCAGAGCAGUUGAUCCAUCAGAACGGCAGUGGCCAGUACGUGUUGGUGCAUCGCGCCACUGUGGGUGCGGCCGACAAUCAGGCGCCCAGGGCGUCCAGUGCCCCGCCACUGCAUCAGAAUCAGUUUGUCACCGUUCAGAAUCCGCUGCACAGCCUGAAUGGCCUGCCAAUGGGCGGACGCGGGCGUCCCGCAUCGGUGGAUAAUACAGCGGGCAGCGGCAACGUUAUGGCGCCGGCAAUUACUGCCACCGAGGUUCUGCACCAUCACCAUCUUAAUCACAAUCACAAUCACGAGCUGCAACAACAGCAGCACCAGCAGCAGCAGCAUCAGCAGCAACAGCAACAGCAUCAUCAGCAGAUGGGAAAUGUUGGCAAUGUGGGCGCCGCCGCGAAUAUUGUGCGGCGCAAUAUCGCUGCAGGAUCCACCAACAUCACCUACAUCGAUGGCAGCAAUAACAAUUCAACAGCCGCCACCGCCGCUCUCAUGGAAGCAGCCGCCGGCAACAACUACAUAGUGACCACAGCCGCAGCACCAGCCGGGGCCACGCCAACAGUCAUUCAGCAACAGCAGCCACCACUGCAACAGCCGCAACAACAGGCCGUGCAUCCUCUGCUGCAGCUGCGUCAAAGUGGGGAGAACACACCGCCGGGCAGCGAGGCUGCAACAGCACCGGCCAACAACUGCGCCUGCUCGCUGAACGCAAUGGUUAUUUGCCAGCAGUGCGGAGCCUUCUGUCACGACGACUGCAUCGGUGCGGCCAAGCUGUGUGUGUCCUGUGGAAUCAGAUGAGUGCCGGACCCCCUGCCGAUCGCCCAUGUGAACAACGUAUUAUAGUAAUAUAGAGACCCCCCACCCCCCCAUAGACAUGUAGACUAGAAUGCAAUGGCUAUAUACAUAUGAGUAUGUAUCCCAAUAGACAGACACACUAUAGCGCAAGUGCAGAGGCUUACGCACAGCAGAACCAGCAGCAACACCAGUCCUGUUCACAGGCACAGGCACAGCCACAGGCCCAGUCCCAGCCCAGGGCACACACACAAAGCCAAGGCAACAGAUAGAUAUAUAUCAUAAAUAUAUACACAUAUGUGUGUAUAUUUUAGACCGAUCAAAGACCCAUGUAAACUAAGUAACCUUGCAGUUCUUACAACUUUUUGUAUAAAGCCAAAAAGAGUACGAAGAGGAGGAGAAGGAGGUGGAAGAACGCUUAAAGGGCAAACAAACGAGUGUUGUGUAUUUUGUGCUUGUUGCAUAUCCCUAAAGAUACUCGUUGUUUUUGUGAUUGUUUAAGGAUAUCUCAAGCACACUAAAAAAUAAAAAGCAAAAAACAAACAAUCUAUAAACUCUCAGUGUAAUUACAAGAAAACAUACAAAAAGAAAAAGAAA